UCCUUUCUGUGGCGGAGGGAUCCCGGCGGAGGCGGCCGCAGCCGGGGCCGCUGCCUGAGAGUUGUUGUUUCCUCCUCCUCCUCCGCCUCCGCCGCCGUUGCUUGAAUGGUGGAGCCGAGGCUCGGCUCGUGAGCACACACUGACAGCUACAGGGCAGGCGGCGGCACCGUCCCCGCUUCCCCUCGGCGGCGGGGUGUCCCGCCAGCGGCCCCGAAGUGACCCGCAAACAUGUCUCGUGAGAGGAAAGGCCUCUCGGAGCUGCGAUCGGAGCUCUACUUCCUCAUCGCCCGGUUCCUAGAAGAUGGACCCUGUCAGCAGGCGGCUCAGGUGCUGAUCCGCGAAGUGGCCGAGAAGGAGCUGCUGCCCCGGCGCACCGACUGGACCGGGAAGGAGCACCCCAGGACCUACCAGAAUCUGGUGAAGUAUUAUAGACACCUUGCACCUGAUCACUUGCUGCAAAUCUGUCAUCGACUAGGACCUCUUCUUGAACAAGAAAUUCCUCAGAGUGUUCCUGGAGUACAAACUUUAUUAGGAGCUGGAAGACAGUCUUUGCUACGUACAAAUAAAAGCUGCAAGCAUGUGGUAUGGAAAGGAUCUGCUCUGGCUGCACUGCACUGUGGGAGGCCACCAGAGUCUCCAGUUAACUAUGGUAGCCCACCUAGCAUUGCGGAUACUCUGUUUUCAAGGAAGCUGAAUGGGAAAUACAGACUUGAGCGCCUUGUUCCAACUGCAGUGUAUCAGCAUAUGAAGAUGCAUAAGCGGAUUCUUGGACACUUAUCAUCGGUGUACUGUGUAACUUUUGAUCGAACUGGCAGGCGGAUAUUUACUGGUUCUGAUGAUUGUCUUGUGAAAAUCUGGGCCACAGACGAUGGAAGAUUGCUAGCUACUUUAAGAGGACAUGCUGCUGAAAUAUCAGACAUGGCCGUAAACUAUGAAAAUACUAUGAUAGCAGCUGGAAGUUGUGAUAAAAUGAUUCGUGUCUGGUGUCUUCGAACCUGUGCACCUUUGGCUGUUCUUCAGGGACAUAGUGCAUCCAUUACAUCACUACAGUUCUCACCAUUGUGCAGUGGCUCAAAGCGAUACCUGUCUUCUACUGGGGCGGAUGGCACUAUUUGCUUUUGGCUUUGGGAUGCUGGAACCCUUAAAAUAAAUCCAAGACCCACAAAAUUUACAGAGCGCCCUCGGCCUGGAGUUCAGAUGAUCUGCUCUUCGUUCAGUGCUGGUGGGAUGUUUUUGGCCACUGGAAGCACUGACCAUAUUAUCAGAGUUUAUUUUUUUGGAUCAGGUCAGCCAGAGAAAAUAUCAGAAUUGGAGUUUCAUACUGACAAAGUUGACAGUAUCCAGUUUUCCAACACUAGUAACAGGUUUGUGAGUGGUAGUCGUGAUGGGACAGCACGAAUUUGGCAGUUUAAACGAAGGGAAUGGAAAAGCAUUUUGUUAGAUAUGGCUACUCGUCCAGCAGGCCAAAAUCUUCAAGGCAUAGAAGACAAAAUCACAAAAAUGAAAGUAACUAUGGUAGCUUGGGAUCGACAUGACAACACAGUCAUAACUGCAGUUAAUAAUAUGACUCUGAAAGUUUGGAAUUCUUAUACUGGUCAACUGAUUCAUGUUCUAAUGGGUCAUGAAGAUGAGGUGUUUGUUCUUGAGCCACACCCAUUUGAUCCUAGAGUUCUCUUCUCUGCUGGUCAUGAUGGAAAUGUGAUAGUGUGGGAUCUAGCAAGAGGAGUCAAAGUUCGAUCUUAUUUCAAUAUGAUUGAAGGACAAGGACAUGGUGCAGUGUUUGACUGCAAGUGCUCCCCUGACGGUCAGCACUUUGCAUGCACAGACUCUCAUGGACAUCUUUUAAUUUUUGGUUUUGGGUCCAGUAGCAAGUAUGACAAGAUAGCAGAUCAGAUGUUUUUUCAUAGUGAUUAUCGGCCUCUUAUCCGUGAUGCCAACAACUUCGUAUUAGAUGAGCAGACACAGCAGGCACCUCAUCUCAUGCCUCCCCCCUUCCUGGUUGAUGUUGAUGGGAACCCUCAUCCAUCGCGGUACCAGAGAUUGGUCCCUGGCCGUGAGAACUGCCGGGAGGAGCAGCUCAUCCCGCAAAUGGGCGUGACUUCCUCCGGAUUGAACCAAGUUUUAAGCCAGCAAGCACACCAGGAUAUCAGUCCUCUAGACAGCAUGAUUCAGAGACUGCAGCAGGAGCAAGACCUGAGGCGCUCUGGUGAAGCAGGUGUCAGUAAUGCUAGCCGUGUUAACAGAGGCUCAAUAAGUUCUACCUCUGAAGUUCAUUCACCACCAAAUAUAGGACUAAGGCGCAGUGGGCAAAUCGAGGGUGUGCGGCAGAUGCACAGCAAUGCUCCAAGAAGUGAAAUCGCCACCGAGCGGGAUCUUGUGGCUUGGAGUCGGAGGGUAGUAGUGCCUGAGCUCUCGGCCGGUGUAGCUAGUAGACAAGAAGAAUGGAGAACUGCAAAGGGAGAGGAGGAAAUAAAAAGUUAUAGAUCAGAAGAGAAAAGGAAACACUUAACUGUUGCAAAAGAGAAUAAAAUACUUACUGUCUCAAAGAAUCAUGCUCAUGAGCAUUUCCUGGAUCUUGGGGAUUCAAAAAAGCAACAAGCAAAUCAACACAAUUACCGUACAAGAUCUGCACUGGAAGAAACACCUAGGCCCUUGGAGGAGCUAGAAAACGGGACUAGUUCUUCAGAUGAAGGUGAAGUACUUGCUGUCAGUGGUGGGACUUCUGAGGAAGAGGAGCGAGCCUGGCACAGUGACGGCAGCUCCAGUGACUAUUCCAGUGAUUAUUCUGAUUGGACAGCAGACGCUGGAAUUAAUUUGCAGCCACCAAAGAAAGUUCCUAAGCAUAAAACCAAGAAACCAGAAAGUAGUUCAGAUGAAGAAGAAGAAUCUGAAAAUCAGAAGCAAAAACAUAUUAAAAAGGAAAGAAAAAAAGCAAAUGAAGAAAAAGAUGGACCAACAUCACCAAAGAAAAAAAAGCCCAAAGAAAGAAAGCAAAAGAGAUUGGCCGUAGGAGAACUAACUGAAAAUGGUCUAACGUUAGAAGAAUGGUUGCCUUCGGCAUGGAUUACAGAUACAAUUCCCAGAAGAUGUCCAUUUGUGCCACAGAUGGGUGAUGAGGUUUAUUAUUUCCGACAAGGGCAUGAAGCAUAUGUUGAAAUGGCCCGGAAAAAUAAAAUUUAUAGUAUCAAUCCUAAAAAGCAGCCAUGGCAUAAGAUGGAACUAAGGGAACAAGAACUAAUGAAGAUCGUUGGUAUAAAGUAUGAAGUGGGAUUGCCUACCCUCUGCUGCCUUAAACUUGCUUUUCUAGAUCCUGAUACUGGUAAACUGACUGGCGGAUCAUUUACCAUGAAAUACCAUGAUAUGCCUGACGUCAUAGAUUUUCUGGUCUUGAGACAACAAUUUGAUGAUGCAAAAUAUAGGCGAUGGAAUAUAGGUGACCGCUUCAGAUCUGUCAUAGAUGAUGCCUGGUGGUUUGGAACAAUUGAAAGUCAAGAGCCUCUUCAACCUGAGUACCCCGACAGCUUGUUUCAGUGUUACAAUGUUUGUUGGGACAAUGGAGAUACAGAAAAGAUGAGUCCUUGGGAUAUGGAAUUAAUACCCAAUAAUGCUGUGUUUCCGGAAGAACUGGGUACCAGUGUUCCUUUAACUGAUGUUGAAUGUAGGUCACUAAUUUAUAAACCUCUUGAUGGAGAAUGGGGAGCCAAUCCCAGGGACGAAGAAUGUGAAAGAAUUGUUGGAGGAAUAAAUCAGUUGAUGACACUAGAUAUUGCAUCUGCGUUUGUUGCUCCUGUGGAUCUUCAAGCUUAUCCCAUGUAUUGCACUGUGGUGGCAUAUCCAACGGAUCUGAGUACAAUUAAACAAAGACUGGAAAACAGGUUUUACAGGCGCUUUUCAUCUCUAAUGUGGGAAGUUCGAUAUAUAGAACAUAAUACACGAACAUUUAAUGAGCCAGGAAGCCCAAUUGUGAAAUCUGCUAAAUUUGUGACUGAUCUUCUCCUGCAUUUUAUAAAGGAUCAGACUUGUUAUAACAUAAUUCCACUUUACAACUCAAUGAAGAAGAAAGUUUUGUCUGACUCUGAGGAAGAAGAGAAAGAUGCCGAUGUCCCUGGAACUUCUACCAGAAAAAGAAAGGAUCAUCAACCUAGAAGAAGGUUACGCAACAGAGCUCAGUCUUACGAUAUUCAAGCAUGGAAGAAACAAUGUCAAGAAUUAUUGAACCUCAUAUUUCAAUGUGAAGAUUCAGAACCCUUUCGACAGCCAGUGGAUCUUCUUGAAUAUCCAGACUACAGAGACAUCAUUGACACUCCAAUGGACUUUGCCACUGUUAGAGAAACUCUAGAGGCUGGGAAUUAUGAAUCACCAAUGGAGUUAUGUAAAGAUGUCAGGCUCAUUUUUAGUAAUUCUAAAGCAUAUACACCAAGCAAAAGAUCAAGGAUUUACAGCAUGAGUUUACGCUUAUCGGCUUUCUUUGAAGAACAUAUUAGUUCAGUUUUGUCAGAUUAUAAAUCUGCUCUUCGUUUUCAUAAAAGAAACACCAUAACCAAAAAGAGGAAGAAACGAAACAGAAGCAGCUCCCUUUCCAGCAGUGCUGCAUCAAGCCCUGAAAGGAAAAAAAGGAUCUUAAAACCCCAGCUAAAGUCAGAAGUAUCUACUUCUCCGUUCUCCAUACCAACACGAUCAGUACUGCCAAGGCAUAAUGCUGCUCAAAUGAAUGGUAAACCAGAAUCCAGUUCUGUGGUUCGAACUAGGAGCAACCGUGUAGCUGUAGACCCAGUUGUCCCUGAGCAGCCAUCUACAUCAUCAGCCACAAAAGCUCUUGUUUCAAAAACUAAUACAUCUGCCAUGCCAGGAAAAGCAAUACUAGAGAAUUCUGUGAAACAUUCCAAAGCUUUGAGUACGCUUUCAAGCCCUGAUCAGCUCACAUUCAGUCAUGGUACGAAGAAUAAUUCUGCAAAAGAAAACAUGGAAAAGGAAAAGCCUGUCAAACGUAAAAUGAAGUCUUCUGUAUUUUCAAAAGCAUCUCCUCUUCCAAAGUCAUCAGCAGUCAUGGAUCAAGGAGAUUGUAAGAACAAUGUUCUUAUACCAGGAACCAUCCAAGUAAAUGGCCAUGGAGGACAACCAUCAAAACUUGUGAAGAGAGGGCCUGGGAGGAAGCCUAAGGUGGACGUUAACACCAGCAGUGGUGAAGUCAUACACAAGAAAAGAGGUAGAAAGCCCAAGAAACUGCAGUGUGCAAAGCAGGAAAACUCUGAGCAAAAUAACGUGCAUCCCAUCAGGGCAGAUGUGAUUCCUUCUUCAACAUGCAACUUCCUUUCUGAAACUAAUGUUGUUAAGGAGGAUUUGUUACAGAAAAAGAGUCGUGGAGGCAGAAAACCUAAAAGGAAGAUGAAAACUCAAAACCUUGAUUCAGAACUCAUAGUUCCUACAAAUGUUAAAGUGUUAAGGAGAAGUAACCGGAAAAAAACAGAUGAUCCUAUAGAUGAGGAAGAGGAGUUUGAAGAACUCAAAGGCUCUGAACCUCACAUGAGAACUAGAAACCAGGGUCGAAGGACAGCUUUCUAUAAUGAGGAUGACUCAGAAGAAGAACAGAGACAGCUGUUGUUUGAAGACACUUCUUUGACAUUUGGAACUUCUAGUAGAGGACGAGUCCGAAAGCUGACUGAAAAAGCAAAGGCUAAUUUAAUUGGUUGGUAACUUAAAAUAGUGUAUUUUAGAACUCUGUAAAGCAGGCACAGUUAGGGUAUAAGCAGGGCGAAGGCUUCUGCUUCCCUGCUGCUACAGUGGGAUAGGGAGUGUCACAGUUUGACUUGGGAAAAAGGAGAAAAACAUUUAGAAGAUAAUUUACAUCUUUGAAUGAAAAAAAUCUAUAUACAUAUAUAUUUCAAAUGUUUGCUAUUUAUUGUCCUUAGGUAGGUUAUUCGUUUCCAUAUUCAUUUCAUUCACUGUUUGAAAUUGAGGACCUAUUAUAAAUUCUGGUUUAUUUAUGAAAGAGACAGCUCUGCUACACUAUCAAGAAACGUAGUAUUCCUAGAGAUAAGAAUGCUUCCUGUUAAAUUGAGUUAUUUUUGACCAAGUGAGGUACAUUUUUACUGAGAGCAGAAGUAAUGCCCUAGGAAGAGAGAUGUUAAAAGAGUAGCAGUACAUUAAGAAUGGCUUCCUCUAACAGUUCCCACCAUUUGUUAUCCUGAAAAGUGUUGUAGGUGUUCAACUACAGAAUAUCUAGAGGAAGCUUUUGUUUUACUCCAUUUCUGCCAAACUUAGGAGAAAAUGUAUUGAUGCAAAGGAAACAUAUCCACAUUGGAAAACAUUUGACUGUCUAAUUUUUCAGACCUUGACUCUUAUAUCAGUCACUCUGUCUCUGUUUAUUGUGCCAAAGACUGAGAAUCAGUGCAGUGGAAGCCUGUUUUUGACUGUCAGGACAGCAUACACUUUUCAAUACUGGAAAAGCUAUAUAUUCUAAAGAACAAGUUAUUACGAAAUUAUGCUGAGUUGUAUCUUUUUUUUUUUGGUACUAAUAGAAAAAUAAUGCACUGGUGGGUCCUUUGACAGAGAUAUCUUAGAGAAAAAUGUUUAAGUGGUUAAAGGAUUCAAGGAAAAUACAGGAAAAAUGUAUGGAAUUUGAUGUUUACUUGAUCUGGAUUAAUGUCAUUUUUAAACUUCAGACAUAUCCAAUAGGCUAAAAUGACUUAAAAAGAACCAUGUCUGUGUGCGUGUGUAUAUUGAUAAAUGGAUGUGAUUGAAUAUAUAUAUAUAUAUACACAAACGCAUUCUUAAGUACUAUUACCCAGGUAUAAAUUCUUUUUUCAGGAUUUUUUAGAUAGUAGUAGAAUAAAAAUAAUUUUAAAAUGUCAUACUUUAUAGUUUAAUUUUAAGGAAAAGAUUGGUUAUUUUCAAUUAUUAAAAGUUAAAAAUAGGCCAAAUCACUUUUUAUGCAAUCAUGUUUUAUACAGUGGUCUCAUUGCACAUUGUGUUUUUUCUGCACUUUUUACGGUAUCCUUAUCAAGCUGGUAUAUCAAUAUACACUCUAAAGAGAAACUCUCAUUUAAUGAUUGUGCCUUGUAUUCUAUUAUUUUUUGCAUCAUUAGUAAAAUUAAGUUGUCUAUUGUAAAUGAUAACUAUAUGACUUAGGAGAAUGUAUUACUAUAUGUACUGCUAUGGAAAAAGGAAAGCAGUUAUUUAUUUGUUUAUGGUACAUUAGUUAUUUUAUAUCUUGAAAACCAACAUAAAUGCCAUUUCUAUUGUUUAAAAUUACUUUUUUCUUUAAGUUUUAAGAAUGUAGUAUUCUCUGAGGAUUGAUAUGGUACAACCAUGUAACCAAAUCUUUCAGAUGCUACAUUUUUAAAAGGAAGGCUGGGGAAAAUAUCUAUCAGCAUGACCCUGAUGUAGAGAAUAAAGUCUUAAUUGAACCUUGGCAAAAUAUGUAAUUAGAUUAUACUCGUUUCCUUGUUUCCAAUAAGGAUAAAUGGUAACUGUCAUUGAACUGUCUUGAAGAAGAAUGAAAAGUGAUGCAUUUGGGCUUUUUAGAUCAUUUGUAAUGAAAUUUCUACAGAAACCCUCCAGUGAAACUAAGUGAACCAUUUUCCAGACCUUGACUGGAUUGCUGUGAUUUUACAGUUAAAAAAUAAUUUCAAAUUUUUUAGGUUUUUUUGUACAUUUAUUUUUUUCUAACAAAUAUAUUGAACUAUAUAAUUAAAAUUAAGUAGUUAACUUCAUAAUGCAGAAAUGGAUGAUGUGUUAUAUAGAAAAUUGAGUCAAUUUCACCAUUACUGAAAAUGAUAGUGUGUACAUUGGAAAUUUAAGUCAUUAAAGUAAUUAGUUGCUUUUGAAGGGAAUCUAUUUGAGAGAUGUAAUUUCCUGAUGUUAUCUGCAUUGUAUUAGAAAAUUAGUCUAAAAUCCAUUUUUAUGAAUAACUCUAGUUAUGUGUUCAAUAUAAGGAAGUGCGCACAGUCUUAGUGUGGAGGACCUCUAGAAUGGUGCACAGAGAGUUCCAACCUCUGAGCGGUGAUUUCCAUCUUUCUUAUAACAAGGAAAUAUAACAUUUCUCUUUUAAAAACACUGUAUUUAUGACCGUAUUUGGACAUUUUUAGACACUGGUUUCUUAGUAAAGUAAAAAAAUGACUUGGAUUGCAUUAUUUGUAACUGAAAACUAAGAUAUAUUAAUACCAGUUAAAGAUUUUAUAUUUUUAUAAUUUAGCUUCUGUACAUUGCAGAAGAUAAAUUAUGAACUUUAAAUCAUCACGUUUUGGUUUGUUUUACUGCUUAGAAAAGUCUCCUCUUUGAGACAGUAAGGUCCUAUAUGUACUGUUUAUAGAACAGAAGGAAUUGUUAGCGCUAGUCUUAGGUAAGCAAUAAGAAAAAUCUCAAGUUUACUGAAACUUUCAAAAAGGAAAUUUAUUUAUGUACAUGGAACAUAGAUAACCAGUUUUCAAGCUGAGUUCAGUGGUCCAUGCCUCUAAUCCCAGCAUUUAGGAGGUGGAGAUAGGAACAUCAAGAGUUCAAAGUUACCUUUAGCUGCAAACCAAGUUCAAGACUAGGGCUACAACAGCAGCAAUACCAAAAAACCUCAGUUUAUAUUUCCAAUACCCAAUAUUUCCAUAUUGUUGUGCUUCCCUUACUUCACAAAGCCCACGUUUAAUAGAAGCUUCAGUGUUGUCACAGGGGGAGUUUAAAGACUCAGUUCAGUUGUAAUCUACCAGCUUUUGGAAGUAGAAAUAUAGCAUCUUAAAGUUUCACCCCUCACAGUCUUCUCUAGAGCAGUCUUUGUCUUCUGCAUACAAAUAUAAACUGAUAAUUAAGGGCCUUAUUUCCAUUUUUGUUUUGCAUUGAUUGACUACAACUAAAGCUUGGUGGGUUGCUAACAGAAUUGUCAUACUCUAAUUAGAUAGCUAUGGAACAUUUGUCAGGCAGUUAGGCCGCAUGGGAGAUACAAGAUUGAUUGACUAAACACAAUUUCACUUGGAAAUUAAUUAAGACAGUGAAUGGCAAAGUAUUGUCAUACCACAUACAUAGUCGUACAGAACUGUCUCUUAGCUGUAGUGUAAUAGACUAACCAGAACCUUCAAAGGCGUAUUGAAAUAAAGUUCAACUCAACCCUGCGUAUUAGCAGCAUUUACACAAUUAGUUUCAGUUGACAGUGUUUUAUUUUGACAUUCCAUUUUAUAUCAUCAGAGCUAUCUGUAAGUUUCUCCCAAAUGUAAGUUGAAAGUACAUGGUUUUAAGCUUUCUAUCUAAAGAAAACAAACUGAUUUUUAAUAUUUUGUUCACCUGAAGUUUAUUUUUGAGUAGGUUGAAAGGACCAAGAUACUUGAGUUACUAAAGGGCUAUUAUCAAUGUUCAUCCUGUAUGCAGGAGGGGUGUAAUAUUUUAAAAGUGAAUAGGGCAGAGAUUACUUUUAUUUAGAAUGCAUUACCCCCAUAUUAUACAGAAGAUAUUGCUAACAGUAGUAGCUUGAUUAGGCAGCAAGUUGUCUUUAUGUUAAAAAUUGGGAAAAGUACACCUUUUGUUUCCAUCCAAAAAAGAAAGAAAUGAUUUCUAGAUGACUUCAACUAAAAUUAAUGCAUUUACUAAGAAACUAUUUUGUUUUUAAUUACACUUAUCAAAGUGAUCCAAAUGAAAAGACAUUCUGAACUAUGUACAGUACUCCAGGAAGAGGUCAAAUUGAGUCAGAAGACUGUAAGUACCACUUUGGGCACUCUGGAGAUGAAACCACACACAGUACAGUGAGUAGAUUAUCUGAGCUAUAAAUAUAUUUUUUAGUUUCAAUAGCUCUGUUUUGAAAUACUUUUUUAAUGCAGAUAAAAAAUAUCAGGAAAUUAACCUUAUAUGGCACAAACCAAAUACAUAGUAGUAUAUGGAUGAGUUUCUACAUUUAAAGAACUAGGAAGAUAGGUUCAGGAUUGUAUUAUAGUACAUGCACUUACAAGACAGCACACAUGCUGAUUACUUUCAAGGAUUUAUCACAACAAAUUAAAAAUUAAGAUACAAUGUUACAUUUUUAGACCAUACUGAAACAGCAAGAAGAGACAGGUCUUAAAAAGUUAUUAAGAAAACUACUAAAUCCCGCCAUGGGAUAUUUAGACGUCUAAAUAUAGCUCACUUUUUAAAAAUCAACUGACCUAAAGGGUUAAUGUUGUAACUGACACAUUUCAAAUUAAAAUUAUGUUUAUUUUGUACAGAAAGCAAUGUUAAACACAAGCAGAUCUGUUGUAUGUAAUAAGUGACAGAGUUUUUAAAAUUAUUUAGCUUUAUUGAUGUUCUUGUUUUAUUUCUUCUAGACCUGGAGUAUCAUGUCAUAAACGGCAGUCUUGCACCACGGUAGCAGGCCCUUUCUUUUUGUACAUAUUGAUUGGACCUUUCUUUACUGUUACGUGGACACUUUCUAUGUUAGUUUUGAUGCAUAAUUCUUGGAAUCCUUUUAUACAAACUAGAAUGUAUGUGUAAGAAUUCCUGUUCCUGCAAUGUAGUAACUAUAAACUUAUUUUUAAAUAAAUAGAAAACUUGUUUUUCUAAGCCAUUUUGUAGAGCCUCAUGAUUUCUUUGCUUUUCUGUUUAUUUUUAUUAGUUUUGGACAGCGUAAAGCACUUGAUACAUACUCAAUAGGCAGCUUACCAAAGCAAUUGUGAUAUAGAAGCCAUUAUGUAAAUUUUGGUUUGUUAGAGGUUCCAUUUUUCUGUCUAUUUGUGAAAUGUUAAAAUCAUUAUCAAUGAUUUCAAGCACCUAAUGUAAUUCCAGAGUGACUAAAGGUUAAGAAAUAAAGAUGCCUUUGCCUUUC